AUGUUCUCCUAUCUCGCUCAUCGUCGCGGGGUUCGCGCUAAACAACAAGAACGCCAAGGACGUAUAGACAGCUUGCCCCCCGUCUACAAUGGUCCAAUGUCCGACUUCGAGAAAGGCAUCAUGGCUAAGCCCAUAGCGCAGAUCGUGGCCGAAGUACAGUCCGGGACGCUCAACCCGGUCGAUGUGCUACGUGCGUACGGCAAAAAGGCGCUGAAGGCCCAGGCUGCGAUCAAUUGCCUCACGGAAAUCAUGAUCGCCGACGCCGAAGAUUGGGCAAAGAACUCCAAUACCAAAGGCCCCCUCGCCGGUGUUCCUGUCAGCUUCAAAGACGAGAUGGCAAUAGCUGGCUAUGAUGCGAGUCUCGGCUACUCCGCGUGGGUCGGCAAGCCCAUGGAGAAGGACAAUACUGCCGCGCGGCUUCUGCGUGACGCGGGUGCCGUCCCCUACGUCAAGACCAACGUGCCCAUUACAUUGCGCUCGUUCGAGUGUACCAACGAUGUCUUCGGGCAGACAGGGAAUCCGCACAAUAUCGCAUACUCCCCGGGUGGAUCGAGCGGAGGGGAAGCGGCGCUGCUUGCUUAUGGCGGCUCUAGAGUUGGUAUUGGCUCAGAUGGUGCUGGAUCAGUACGCACUCCAGCGCACUACUCCGGCUGUUAUACGAUCAAGGCAACGUCGAAUCGAUUCUUGAAAUUUGGAAAUGCGCAUGGUGCAGUCCCAGGCAACGAAGGUGUCGGUGUCGCAUUUUCACCCAUGACCAGAACGCUCGAGGAUCUGGAGACGGUGUGGCGCGGUAUCAUGAGCAUGAAGCCUUGGGAAUACGAUCAUUCGGUGGUGCCUAUCCCCUGGCGGGAGACUGAUUUGUCUGCGGUUAAAGGCCUCAGAUGGGGUGUAAUAUGGGAUGAUGGUGUUGUCGCGCCGUCUCCUCCGUGUCUCAGGGCAUUGAAAAGCGUUGUGUCCCUCUUGGAAGCGAACGGACACGAAGUAGUCACAAUCGAUCCUCCAAGUCAGUAUGAAGGUCUCAAACUGGCAUCACAGUUGAUCUAUGCAGACGGAGGCAAGACGAUGAUGAGGAUCAUGCAUACCGGAGAAUACAACGACCCAGGCGUGAUUGAGGCACUUGCCAUGUUCCGUAUGCCGCGAUUUUCAAAGCGCCUCUAUGCGUGGUAUAUACGACACAUCCGUGGAGAUGACGUCUAUGCCGGCCUGGUCGAGAACUGGUCGGAGAAGACUGUACCAGAACUUCUCACUCUCGUUGCAGCGCGCGAAGCAUAUCGAGCUCUAUGGUUCGAGUUUUGGAAAACACAGAAUUUGGACUUCAUAAUCACAGUCCCUAAUGCCCAUCCGGCGGUGCCGCACGGCGGAAUGAAGGAGGGAUGGAAGUCAUGCGGAUAUACAUUCCUGUGGAACUUGCUCGAUUAUUCUGCAGGUAUACUUCCCGUGACGCAUGUCGAUAAAAACCGUGAUGCAUUGUCGCCGACCUUCAAGCCUCGCAAUGCGGUAGAAGCGGGAGCUUAUCGCAUGUACGACGCAACGAAGCAGCACGGGUUACCAAUCGGGGUCCAGGUCAUUAGCAGACGCUACAGUGAAGAAAAAGUGCUGGAGGGUAUGAAGAUUGUUGAGAAACUCUUGAAACAAGAGGGGAGCGCAUACGAGCUUUUUGAGCGUGAUGACUAA